CUCCUCCUGGACGGAAACGUAUGGGCGUGCCUGUCGCCGACAGAGCAGGAACGGAGAGCGACCGUGGACCGGUCGCCGACGAAGCAGGAACAGGGAGCAACCGCGGACCGGUCGCCGACGAAGCAGGAACAGGGAGCGACUGCAAGCCGGUCGCCACUGGUGCUCCAGGGCACAGACGAGAAGCUUCAGGUAUCCUUGGCCCUCUCUCAUUGGUCUCCUUUGGUCCGCCGGAUGUUGGCCCGACUCCUCCCCUGCAGACUCGCGUGCUGGCUCCUCCUGGUGGUGGUUUCCUGACAGUAGUUUAUCCACCAACUGCCUCUGAGUCCUGUCGUCUCCGUAUCCUUCUUGCAGUUACCACCGUCUGUUCUAAAACAUUCCAUUCUUGCACCACAUACCCUGUUUCGUUCCACCAGUCACACACUCAGCACUUUACAGUCUCACACUUUCAUACACAGGAUGCAGCAACAUCUAAUGAACUACUUUAAGCUCAAACUCUUAUAUUCCUUUAUUCCCUCUCAUGACCUCAGACGACCGAGGUCAUCACUCAAACACCUUAUUUUAUUGUUAAACACAAGUUAAAAAUCAAUAACCAGAAGCUAAAAAUCAGCAAAAAAUUAAAAAUUAGUAGAAAAUUAAAAAUCAGUACAAAAAUUUAAUUCUAGGAGAAAAUCAGUCGAAAAUUUCAUUCCCUCCUCAUGGCCUCAGGUCCCUAAGGCCACCUUCACAUACUCACAUCCCGGACUCCCGGAGGGCCACAGCUGUCUCGGCCUCCUGGGGGUCCUUCUGAGGGAUCAUCAUGUACAGGCCACCCGGAGGGAGUGGCCCCAACGUGCGUUCAAUUGUCUUAACAGUUAAUGAUCUGAUACAUGGAAUACAGCAACAUCCACAUAACACCAUAAUAGCAGCAAACACAGCGAUAUAAAUCAGUACUGAUGCAAUCAAGCAUUUAUAUUUACCAAAGACGUUUAACCAGUCAGAAUACCAACUGGUGUCCACACCUGAGUGCUCCUUCAUUUUGUUACUUAGCGUGCGCAGACCCUCCAAUGCCUUGAUAAGGCGACCGUCAUGAGACGUAUUGUUGGGAAUCAGAGUACAACACUGAUCCCCAAAAAUACCACACACUCCUCCUCUUUCAGCUAACAACAUGUCUAAGUCCAUUCUAUUUUGGAAUGCCAUAAGAGACGUGGCAGCCAAUUGCUCAUGCACUGCCUGGAGUGCUGAGGUGGUGAAGUUCGCCAAUCGUUGGACCUUAUAGUGGACAUAAUUAAUCCGGUCCACAUUUUGUUUACUGUAACGAACAGGAAAAUACUCUCCCAUCCUGCCGCCACUUGAUCCACCAAUUUGUAUUCAUCAGGGACCCCUCUCGGAACUCCAAUUGCAUCUAUGUACGUGGGGUCUCCUGCAUUCAACCAUUCUUGCAUGUCCCUUUUCUUCCUCCCAAGGAAGGGGAUUCUUCCCCACUGUCCAACGCCUUCCCAAUCCAUUCUGGUCAGAUCUAAUGCUGUCACACUAAUUGGCAUGAUCAGCGUUACUAGGGCGCACUUACCUGAGGCAUCGGUGGGAAGCCUAUCAUACAACACUUUCGCUCCACACCACAGCCAAACAUCAGCACGAGCGAGAGGGAUUCCUGCUGGCAAAGACACACUUUCAUUCCACCAUGACUCCUGGAUACUUCCAAUCCCAGGGCCAGUCCCAUUUAAAUUUAGGCAGGUGAAAUUUUGUUUCGCAACUUGGGUGUCAAAAAUAGGCAUUUUCUCUUCCAUACCGUGGUUGAUAAUUGUCCAAUUUAUCUAACAAAUCAAGCCAUUGUUGAGUCCAGUUGAAAAUUGUCACCCAAGCGUUCACCUGUGUCGGUUGUUUUCACUUCAGAUUUAGCAGUAGUUGUUGUGUCUGUGUCAGCGUCUUACCACCAUCUUGCUCUGCUUCAUACCAUACCGUUCCAUUACAGGAAUGGUACACCAUCACUCGUGUUCCUUUCGCUCCAUCACUUCUGUCAUCCCGCACCAAAUGUUCAAACGCCAACAUAGUCCACACAAAGCACAAGCCAGCAAGCAAAAUAGUCAAUAAAGUUAAACAUUUGCAUCGUCGUCGUCUUUGUUCGGACACUUUCGAGUCCGACUUUGAUCCAAUUCUCGCCACCUUCACAUUCCCUCUCUUGACCUGCCCGUCCGGGCGGUCAACCUUUAAGCUCACCAUUGGCAGGCACAAAUUCUGGGGCCGGGCGCAACUGUGAGUAACGGUACCACUUUUGUCCUUUAGUUUCCAAUUAGACGGCGUGUGAAGUUCUAGCCAGAACCCUAAACGGUCCUUUCCAGCGAGGUUCAGUCCACUUCCGGGAAAGCACCCGGAGGUAGACGUACGGAGUGAUGUCCGACUCCGGUGAUGCUGAUGACGAAUCUGCAACCGCCUUGUCUGUGACCUGCGCAGACACACUGGAUACAAGUGAAUGAAGGUAUCCUUGGCGCUCUCUCAUUGGUCUCCUUUGGUCCGUCGGAUGUUGGCCCGACUCCUCCCCUGCAGAUUCGCGUGCUGGCUCCUCCUGGUGGUUUCCUUACAGUAGUUUUUCCACCAACUGCCUCUGAGUCCUCUGUCUCCGCACCCUCCUUGCAGUUAGCACCGUCUGUUCUAAAACAUUCCCUUCUUGCACAUUCUUGCACCACAUACCCUGUUUCGUUCCACCAGUCACAUGCUCAACACUUUACAGUCUCACACUUUCAUACACAGGAUGUAGCAACAUCUAAUGAACUACUUUAAGCUCAAACUCUUAUAUUCCUUUAACGGCGACGUGAACGAGAGUAGGCAGAGAGUCAGUCGAAACUGACACGUGGGCAUGUCUCGUGAGUGGGUCAGUUCCAACUGCGAUGUGAACCUGCGUCAGCAGCGAGUCCGUCGCAGUCCGUUCGCCAGUCCUUGUCGGACCUGGGCCGUGAGAGCCGCCAAUUCGGCGCUCUGCCACUCUAUCUCCGCACGCAUUUCGCGGUAGAACGCAUCGCGAUUUGGCAGCUCCUCCUCCCUCUGGGCUGGAAGCUUCGCCACCAGCUUCGGUCUGCCGGUUUCACCGUUGCCGGCGAGGAGUGGGAGGACGAGGAAGGAGUCUUUGUUGCCGCGCCCCGGGAGGCACAAGGGAGCGCCUGACCUGGACGUCUCCUCUGGCCGCCACGCGGAGGUUCCGGGUAGAUGGCCAAGCGGAUUCCCUCAAACGGAUUGGUGUACUUGUACCCACCGGGCAAAGACGCUCGGGUGCUGGAAACGCGGGGAGGUUGAGCAAACUGACUGGGAUGAAAGAUCGGGCGAAGAGAUUAAUAAUCAGAAUAAUUGGAGUCGUACUCAGGCAGCUGGUCAUACAAAUCACGGUCCUCCUCAUAUUCCGAAAAGUCAGAGUCCAGAAGAAUAUCCGGUGCCGGACGGGUCGUGGUCGGGACUUAUUCAUAGCUCGCUGGCGGAGCGUAUGACACGGAAGCGGAGGACGUCAAGGAGCCUACCCGGAUCGGACAGGCUUGGUCCUCCCGCGGACGGUCUACCUUGCGUCGGUCCGGGCGACGCCGGGUCUUUCCUGCUGGGUCCUGUUUUGGCCAGAUGGUUCUGUCACGACCCAUCGGAACGGAGCGUGCAGAUGAGAGUUUAACUAUUGACACCACCCUGCUGGUCCAUUUCUUCGGGAAGAAAGGGAAGGCUGAGCUCACUUUUGAUGACUUUUAUAGGUUUAUGGACAACCUCCAGACUGAGGUCCUGGAGAUUGAAUUUCUGACCUACUCCAAAGGAAUGGCCACCAUCAGUGAAGAGGACUUUGCCAAAAUCCUCUUGCGCUUCACCAAUGUGGAGAAUAUCGGUGCCUACCUUGAAAAUGUUAGACACAGCAUACCUGAUGAAAAGGGAAUAACCUUUGAUGAGUUCCGCUCCUUCUUCCAGUUUCUCAACAACCUUGAGGAUUUUGCCAUUGCCAUGCAGAUGUACAAUUUUGCAUCUCGCUCCAUCGGACAAGAUGAGUUUGCAAGGGCAGUUUAUGUGGCCACAGGUCUGAAGCUGACACAUCACUUGGUCAACACUAUCUUCAAAAUCUUUGACGUGGAUCAUGAUGACCAGCUCUCUUACAAGGAGUUCAUUGGCAUCAUGAAGGACAGGCUGCACCGAGGUGCCAGGGGAUAUAAAGCGAUGGAGCGAGCCGUUUCCUUUAGAUCCUGCUUGAAAAGAGAGCUGGCAGGCAGUAGGUGAAGGUUCCGUGUCGCACGUCCUUUCCCCCGCCAAGUUGUCCUUGAGGCCAAGAGACAAGUGAAUUGAUCCGGGCUGGAAAAAGAUGUAGCAGAUUCGAUGAGGUUCGAAGGUGGACAACUGGACACAGAGUUUUUUGAAUUCAAGUCCAAGGAUGAAAUAUACUGAAGGUUCAGGAGAUGAAAACGUCAUCACCUGCAGUGCAAUUUAUACACAGUGAAUUGAUACCUUGGCCACAGUCAUUAUUUAUGCGGUAUUUAUGUUGUUAUGUUUGUACUUACUAGAAUGUUUGCAUGAUUGUCAUGUUGCCCGUUUCAGACCAUUUGUUUUAUAACUAAUUUGUUCGCUUUGAAUCCCUUUUCUGCUGUGACUAGAGAAGAGUAAUGUAGGUCCUCCCUGUUUCAUGUUGUGGGAGCAUUUCAAUUGUUACGUCACAAAAUACCACGAACACAAAUUUCAUUUGCAUUAAUAAACAGUUAACAUGU